AUGUUUGGCAAAAUACAAAUUCUAAUUUUUUUGCUUUCAACAAUUAUGCUUUAUAGCAUGCAAACAGCUAAUAAAAUUAAUGGAGAACCAAUGCGUCGAUGGUAUCCUUUAGGAGUUGAAGCCCCUAGAAAACCUUCAUUCAGUCAAGGUGAUAGUGUUGCUGAACUAGAAAUGCCUUAUAAUGGUGAUCAAUACGAUUCAGAGGUUAUGAAACGAGCUGUUCGAUUAAUGAGACUUGGUUAA